AAACAUAAAAUUUUAUAUUUUAAAACGAAAUAAAAAAGUUUAUAUUUUAAUACACUCGAUAUUAUAUAUUUUCUUUUUUAAUUUUAAACUAAAUGUCCAGUGUCCACUGCUUUCUGUUGUACCACUGCCGCCUGUCAGAGACCGCCUCGCUGAACCGUUCGAACCGCGAACCGCCCGAACCGCGUGAACUGCAUAACCCGUCAAACCCACCAAACCCGUAUAACACGGUUCCGGUUACCUUCUACACCAGCCCGGCCCGGACCGGACCGGACCGCCAAUCUUGACGUGCCGGUUACGGUUCCACCGGUGACGGUUCGAAACCCGUUUGAACCGGCCCGAACCGGCACGGCCCGCCCGUUUGGCCGGGUCUAAAUUUGCUAGUAUAUAUCUAUUUGUGCUGUUUUUACUACAUUAUGCAUUUGUGCUUUUGGGGAGUGGUCAAGAACCUUGUAUAUUUAAGUUUUUAAUACAUAUGUAUUCCUGGCAAGUUUUUCAAUUUUCACUUUUGAAUGAUACUCCUUGACAAAACUCCAGUAAUAUAAAAACAGAAGCAUCAUGCACCCAAAAAUGUGCGGCCUCCGUAUAGGGAGACUUAAAUAGUAACUUUGUCCCCUAUGCAUUCUCCAAUGCACACAAGCAGAGUAAAGUUGCCAACAUUUGAUAAUUGCAAAAAGUGGUGCUUUUUCCUUCUCUUUUAAAUUUCUGAUUCAAAUAUGUGAAAACAGCCCGCUGACUGAGUCUGUAUUUUGAGAGUUUUAGAGAGAGGGGGGAGAGAGAGGGAGAGAUUUAGUUGAGGAAUGAUAUGGAGGUGGAGGGGGGAUCAGCAGAGAAGGAACUAGAUAGAAGAAGCAAUUUCUUGAAUAGUCUAAUAAAGAAAAAAAAAGCCACUGAGCAAGAAGAAAAACAUGAUCGGCUCAAUGUUCGAGUUAGGGCCUCCGAUAUGCCCAUUUCGUUGCAAGACAGAGCUUUCGCUUGUGCUAGGUGCAACCUUGACUCCAUGUCCGGAAAGCUCGACAACAAGAGCUUAGCUCUUGCCCUCAAGAAGGAAUUCGAUACAAUGUAUGGCCCGGCCUGGCACUGCAUUGUUGGCACUAGUUUCGGCUCAUAUGUCACACAUUCCGUAGGAGGGUUUAUAUAUUUUUCGAUUGAUAAGGUUUAUGUGCUUCUCUUCAGAACUGCUGUGGAGCCUAUGGGCCAUUGACAAAUUGACAUAUUCCUUUGUCCAUUAGAAAGAACUUAUGUGAAAGCUGGACUUGUAUCUCUCCACUUCCUUUGCCCUUUUUUGUAGUAUGAUUUGUUUAAGAAUGACAACCGACUAUUUGUGUAUCA